AUGUAUAACGAUGGUGAAGGAUCAAAGAAGAGGAAGAGAAUGGCCAUCAUAGGCAUCUCUUCCAUCUUCUUGGUCGCCAUGGUUAUCGCUGUUACUGUCGGUGUUGGCAUCAAGAAUAACGAAAACGAGGAUGAAAUCAGUGGAAGCAGCCAAAAGAAUCAUGUAUCUUCCUCAAUGAAAGCAGUCAAAGCUAUAUGUCAACCCACCGAUUACAAGGAACAAUGUGUGAGGAGUCUCAACGCCAAUGCUGGCAACACAACUGACCCUAAAGAACUCGUUAAAGUCGCAUUUGAGGUGGCCAUGAAACACAUCAACGACGCAGCCAAGAAAUCAACUCUUCUGCAAGACCUGGAAAAAGACCAUAGAACUCGCCUCGCUCUCAACGAUUGUAAGGAGCUCAUGAACGAAUCAAUCGCGGAACUCAAGCAUUCUUUUGAGACAAUUGGGGAUUUUGACAUGACAAAGUUAGACGACAUCAUGGCGAAUUUGAAGGUUUGGCUUAGCGCGUCAAUAACAUACCAAGAGACUUGUUUGGAUGGAUUCCAAAACACCACGGGCGAGGCAGGGAACAAGAUGAAAGCGGCGUUGAAAACCGCGAUGCAAUUGAGUAGCAAUGGCCUUGCAAUUGUUACCGAGAUGUCUUCUGCACUCUCUGACCUGGUUUCUGGCGCAAACCGUCGUCUCCUUAAUAUUGAUGAUGAGGAUUUCAUGAUUUUAGGCCAUGGUAGUGAUGAGGAAGUUUGGUUCAAUAACAAUGGCGUGCGGAGGCUACUCAGCCAAACUCCCGCUGAGCUUAAACCUAAUGUGGUUGUGGCUAAAGAUGGAAGCGGAGACGUAAAGACUAUUCAUGAGGCAUUGGAUCACAUCCCUAAAAAGAAUAACAAGACUUUUGUGAUCUACAUUAAAGAAGGAGUUUAUGAGGAGCAUCUUCAAGUCAAUAGGUCCAUGACUAAUUUGAUGAUGAUCGGAGAUGGUGCUCAGAAGACUCGCAUCACCGGGAACAAGAACUUCGUCGACGGUGUCCCCACUUUCCACACCUCAACAGUUGCUGUUCUUGGAGACAACUUCAUUGCCAAGAACAUUGGCUUUGAGAACUCCGCUGGUGCUAUAAAACACCAGGCCGUGGCGUUGAGGGUUUCCGCGGACAUGUCAAUCUUCUACAACUGCUCCAUGGAUGGCUACCAAGACACCCUCUACACCCACGCCAAACGCCAAUUCUACCGCGACUGCACCAUCUCCGGUACAAUUGACUUCGUCUUCGGUGACGCGGCUGCAGUCUUCCAAAACUGCACAUUCUUAGUCCGCAAGCCAUUAGAUAACCAGCAGUGCAUUGUGACAGCACAGGGCAGGAAAGAGCGACGCCAACCAAGCGCCCUCAUCCUCCAAAACUGCUUCAUCACUGCAGCUCCAGAAUUGGUCCCUUUCAAGACCCAAUUCAAGUCUUAUUUAGGCCGUCCAUGGAAGGAGUUCUCAAGAACAAUCAUCAUGGAAUCGUUCAUCGAUGACUUGAUCCAGCCCGCGGGAUGGUUGCCUUGGUUAGGCGAUUUCGGGCUCAAGACUUGUUUUUACACAGAAUUCAACAACUGGGGUCCUGGUUCGAGCACCGCACAGCGUGUGGCGUGGCGUGGAAUCAAGGCAAUAACACCUCAACAUGCUGUGGAUUUCACUCCUGGAAGGUUCAUUAGGGGUGAUACAUGGAUUAAGCCCACUGGAGUGCCUUAUUCCUCCGGAAUGAUGGCUGCAGGAACAAGAAGUAAUACAAGAACAACAUCAUCUGCAAGUUCUGAAGUAGUGUGACUAAUCUAAUAAUGUGUAAUUUUGUUUCGCUCUCUCUGCUUCUCUUUUGAUUUUUUUUGGGUUCAUGUGGGUUGUUAUGUAAAUCUAUUUUUUUUUUCUUUCAAGAUGAUAAAAAUCGUCAAAAAUGACUACGAAAUCAAUUGUUAA